AUGCACCACGCACGAUCGUCAGAGGAGUUCAAAGCGAUGGCCAAAUUGUGUACGGGUAAGUGGCGUGAUGACAAGCAAAAUGCGUACGCCGACUGGUUCUCUAAGUUGUACUUGUCGGAGCUGUGGUCGCGCUGGCACACAAUGAGUGCCAUACCCGGCAUUUUACCCUCGCAAAAUGCGCUGGAGUCGCAUAACAGAGCUAUCAAGACGUGCGGUGUCAGGUUCAAGCGAGCCAAGACCGGAGUGAUACUUGACGAUUCAAUGCCGCGAUUGUUGACAAUGGUUGGUGUUGACAGUCCAAAGGGUCCGUUUGGUCACUACUGCGAAGGGCCCCUACCAAGCCAAAUGAUUCUGAGGGCGUUAGAUCAUGUCGCUACUGGAGCACACAGGAUUAAACGAGAUCCAGGGAAGCAAACGGGUAUUCUUCGCUCCGUGUUCUGCAACACUUCAACUUACAUGUCCCUUGGUGAAGAAGUCACGCAGGAACGAGUGACUCGGUACUGCGAAGCAAAGGACGGAAGGUUUCUCGAGACUGACACUGUACAGGACAUAAACCUCCACUCUCUUUCACUACACCAGGUUGAAUUUAUUGGUGAUCCGAACCAACUAUUACGGUUCCAGUUCGCACUUCAACCCGUCAUCACUAUGGACAAAAUAAAAGAGAUUCGAGAACUCUACCGGUGCGAUUGCAAGGCAUUUAUGUCGACUGGAUGGGCAUGCUCGCACGUCGUGGCUGCCAUGUCCAUUAACGAGCAGUUCGAUUUGGACUUGGCAGCGACACGCCUCCCGACAAAAAAGCUCAGCGGUGGUCAGCGGAAGAUCCCUAAUGCCCUAACCAUUGACAUUACGGGGGCAAAGAGGUUUUCUACAAAGCUUAUCACACGCUUACAGAGAGAGCCCAUGUACAUUCAUAACUGGCAGGUGUGUAAGGACUUCAUUUUUGAAGAAGAUGGAGUAGAGACGACUGAGUUCAUCACCGGCAGGAUCAAGGGCGCCCAGAGGAAGAAUGGUGUCUACCAAUGGCGUGUAAAGUUCGUCGACGGUGACGAACUAUUCUACGAGUGCCAAGACAUAGCUGAGAUCAUCGCUGCAUCGCGGAAGAUCGGACUCGACGUAACAAGUUUGGAUGAGCAAGCGGAAGAAAACAGCUAA